AUGGCGGACAGCGUGCAACCUCAUGGGCAAACGAAGAAUGUCCCACCGAGUCCUGCAGGGACCAUGAAGUGGAAGUACUGGCUGGCAGCCCGCAAACCUACAACCUACCCUAAGCUACAAGAAACACCGACAAGCAGCUGUAUGUCGGAAGACAAAGAGCGGGAAUCGAGGGAAUUCUCCCCGGACGCCAGUGGUACACACACCAUGCAACCUUAUCGCACAAGCACUCACAGACUGCGGCCGCCCAGAAGCUUCAACCUCGAACGUCUGCUCCAGUCGCAGCGGACCCGAAAGCACAGGAGGAAGCGCCACACUGGGUUCCAUGCCAGCCCCUAUGCGGCCUUCAAAGAAAGCACUCAACCCACGAGCCGCAGAGGGCAGACCCCCAGGAGUGCCCACGGCUACGAGAGAAGCCUGCCGGGACUUUUCUACCGGGUCCCCAGAGACACUAUAUGCCCAAUACAAAGGCUAGACGCUUUUUCUGGACUCUAUGUUGGUCACUCAGACGCUGCUCCAGUGUUACACAUACUGAAACAAAACGGUACCAACAGACGCACAGACACCAGGACUGACACAGCAACAAACCAGCACAAAACAGGCAGAGACACACAUACGCACAAACCAAGACACUACUCAAGACAGACACACACUACCGCAGGCACCUACAAUACACACAAGCCCUGA